CCGCCAUGGUCGUAAUACCGAGCAGUAUCCGACACACGCGUCGCGUUGCGGUGGAUAAGGUUCACACAAUCAUCUGCAAUCGCGUUAAUGUCGGCGACGAGCAGUAUCUUGUACGAUGGCAUACCGAGAAUAAGACAUCUACUCCUCCGUUAAGCUGGCACCUCGUCAACGAACUUCAGCGCUGUCUUGAACAUGUUCAAGAUUACCUAGACGAGCGAGAGAGGUCGAAGAAGAUUGUAUCACGGAACAAGGUACCGUCGAAAAAGCGAAAGAGCUCAGAAGAAGAUCUAGAGACUAAACGUCGUCUGUCACCUUUUGAUCGACGGCUACAGCACGACAGCCGAACGCCUUCCGCUUCUCGAUCCUCGUCAGUAUUCUCAAACGUACCACCGGCAUCAUCCACAUCACCUGAUGUUUACAAUGGCGUAUUGGAUGUGGAUGAGCAUGGUUUUGUAUUCUGCCGACCUGCAUCUGGCCCAGACGUCGCUUCAGUCUCUAUUACCAAUAUCCCUACCGCGGCCAUGAAACAGAUCGCAUAUCAGGCAGACGUACGAACCGCCAAUACACUCAUUCGUGCUGAAUACGUACGAAGGUUGAGGCAUGUUCCUGGUCCUCCGAUCGAACUUUUCAACACUGUCGAUGCAUCAACGCCCUCGCUCCGCUUCCGCUACAUUCCUCAGUAUGUGUUGGCAGAAGGUGUGUAUCAGUACGCUUUGGACACUGCGAUAGGAUGCCAGAAGUGUUCCCCGCGCAUGGCUCGCGAUGUCGGCUGCGAAUAUACGCAGAAAUGCGACUGCCUAGAGUACGCUGCCGUCGAUGAAGGUCGGCUGACCUCUGAAGAGAAGAAGCUCUAUGAACGCUGCCUGGCUGAAGGACUCUCAACUAUGGGUCUUCCAAAGAAGUUCCCUUACUACGCGAAAGACACCAAGAUCCGACUCACCAGAGGUUUAGUACCAUGGUAUCUACAAUCUCGGCGACCAAUCUACGAGUGCAACGAUCGUUGCCGCUGCGGUGCAGACUGCCGCAACAAGAAUGUCCAGUUCGGUCGUAAAGUUGAGGUUGAAAUCUUCAAAACCAAGAGCGGCAGAGGCUGGGGCUUGCGGUGUAAACAGAACCUGCGCCAAGGCCAGUUCAUCGACACUUACCGCGGCGAGGUAAUUACAGAUGAGGAAGCCACCCGUCGAGAGAACACCUCAUCUAAAGCAAAGGCAUCAUAUUUGUACUCGCUUGACAAGUUCGAGGCUGAUAUGCAGCACGAAGCUUAUGUGGUGGAUGGAGAGUUCAUGGGUGGCCCGACGAAGUUCAUCAACCAUUCUUGCGAACCCAAUUGUCGUCAGUACACAGUCAGCUACAACAAAAAUGACCCCCACAUCUACGACAUUGCCUUCUUCGCUUGCCGCAAUAUCCCAGCAUACGAAGAGCUGACGUUCGACUACCUUGAUAAGGAGGAGGAUGAAGAAAUGGAGGAUCCGGGAGAAGACGCAAUUCCGUGUCUCUGCGGAGCUGCCAAGUGCCGCAAGUGGUUGUGGACUUGAAAGCAGUCAGCAACAGAGUAGACCGACUGGUGCUACUAUCUGAAUUCUAGGAGACACAUAUCGAUUCGAGCGGUUCGUCGUGAUAGUUGUUGCACAAUCUCACGCAUUAGCGGUCAGGCAGGCGUUCGCAUCAGCUUCUGUAGCAUUUCAGCAUUAUCAGGCUUCGGCUACUGAAUCUAAAGGUUCCAAAACUCA